AUGAACCCACCAAACGAUCAAACACCACCUCCCACCAACACUCAAACACCAAAUGACCUUCAAGCUAUGCUCUUGAAGAGCUUUGAAGCUCAGCAAGCGCAGAUUGCAACUCAAAACAGGAUGCUUGAACAAAUGCAAAAGGAAGCGGCGGCUCGAGAGAAAGCGUACGAAGAUCUCCUCAAUAAGUUUCAAGAUGUAGGUGUCAAGAACACAUCAUCCUCAACUUCUGAUUCGACUAAGAAGAAGAAGACGCCGAGAGCUUCAACAGGCUCUAUCCCUCACAAGCCGUCGAAAUCUCCUAUCCCGGAAAAGUCUAGCCGUACCCCUAGCAAGAGGCCAUCUCAACAAUCUUCGACCCCUCAAAGAAAAUCAUCAUCAUCUAAAGUACCGACAUCUCGCGUUAAAGCCACCGGACCACCAAAACCAUCGCCGAAACGACAUCCUGCCCAGUUGAACGAAACAGAAUGGCCCGAAGGAUUUGAUUCAACAAAGGCAGGUGGCUCUCAUUUCACCAAGGAUCUAGUCGACCAAUGUGAAGUGAAGGUACCUGCAGCUGAUCGCGUGAACGUCGGUGGUAGUAUAGUCAACAUCAAGGAGUUUUUUGUACUUUACACGAAGGCGAUGUUUGCUAAGCUUGGCAUUCGCGAAUGGUGUCCUGAUCUUGAUAGCGCCGAGGACACCCUUUGGAACGAAGCGUGUCGAAUUAGCGCACUCCGAAUCUUUCGACAGUGGGUUGCUGCCGAUGCAUUUGCUUACAUGAAUAUCAACACGAAAUUCACCAACGAAAUCCUCCUCCUGGAACGCACCUAUAACCAUUAUGUACACUUCUUGUAUGCUCGCAAGUACAGGAGAGAACUUAAAGAGGACGGGAAAAACCUGAAGGACGACGAAAGGAAGAAUGCUCUAGCUCGUCGAAGAAGGCUUAUGAAACUUCGAGCUAAACACGCAUCCGACCACCGCUUCCCAAAACGAUACCAGAAAAUCCUUCUGGCACCUGAAGCUCACAGUGACGACGAGUGGUCGGCCAAAUUACAAGCCUACGUAGUCAAAACGCCAGCUUAUCGGUCUGCCAAAGCCGGUAUCUUCAUACGAAGGCUAGAUGAUCAUAUGAAAAUCUCAUCUGAAAUCGGUCCGGUUCCAAAAGCCAAGCCACGCACCCGGGUUCGUCCUCGACCAGCUAGACCGUCAACCUUCACCAAACCCCCGAGGGGCCUCCCAAUCGACUUCUACGACGCCGAUUGGUUCAAUGACACCUUGUCAGUAUCUCAAAGAACUACCAUCGCCGAUUGCGAUAACGUGGCCUUCCUGCCCAACCCGGAACUUUCGCUUUUGGGGAAAACUCAUCCUGACGAGAAGAAACCCGAUAGAAAGUUUACCGAAAAAUACUGGUCUGAAGCGACUAAGAAUUACAACUUGGAUCAUUUUAAACCUGAUGAAGAAGACGAGGAUUCAGAGUCUGGAGAUUCAACUGCAAAAGGCAGUAGUGUGGAUUUAAAUUUGACUGACGAUGAAGAUGAUGACGAAGAUUUGGAAGAUGAAGAUUUCGAGGAUGAAGAAGAGGAUCUCGAGUUGGAAGAUGAGAGUCAAUUUGCUGAUUGUGGGACUGGGAAGGGGAAAGACAAGGCAAAGGGCCAGGGUCCAUUAUUUGUGGAUGACGAAGAAAUGGAAGAUGAUUGCGAGGAGGAGGCUCGAGUUGCAAGAUAUGAGGCUUGGAAAAACGCUUGA